GUAUAGAAUCAUCUGUGUGAUUCAGAAGCGUUGAACGACAGUGCCUCCUGACAUCUCCGGUGCUCCACACAGGGCUUGGAGAAAAGUGACAGACACUUGCAGGCGCUGGUUGGAGGUUGAAGACGAAGAAGUCUGCCCUAAUUUUUCCACAAAAUCCACUGCUAGGAGAAUUUGAAAAACCCAACUCAAAGUUAGGGUUUUUACAGGGGAAGGAAAGCUAGAAUGGAAGAUAAAGGUUUGAAGUUGAAAGAAUCUGAGUUGAGGCAGGGAAAACUGGCCCUGCAAUUUGAGGGCCUUUUGGACUGCAUUGAUUCCACCCGGGCCGAGAUCCUUGGCGUAUUCCAAGAGGUCCAGGAUAAGGAUAAGAAAAUUGGAGUUUUAGAGAGCCAAGUCGAAGCCAAAUCCGAGGAAUUGCGUGGAAUUGAGAGGUUGAUUGAAAAGAGAUCAAAUGAGCUCGAAUCACUCGAGUCCUCCUUGUGGGACUGUCAGUCAUCGAUUGAAGAGCACAAGAAGGAGCUUUCGGCUAAGGUGAAGCGGCUGGAAGAAGUUCAGAGAUGGGUUAGUGAGAAGGAGAGGGAGUAUGAUUCGAUAAAGAAAGGGAUUGAACAUGGAAGAAGUAAAUUGAAUUGGUAUGAGAAAGCUGUGGAAAAGAAGUCAAAGUUAGUUGAGUCCAAGGAGGAAAACUUGAAAGGGGUUCUACGAACGUUAGAGAUAUACAAUGAGGAAAUUGAGUUUCAAAAGAGGCGAUUAAAUGAGAUUCGGGGGUCAAUUGAGGAGCAGAAGGAAGAACUUGCUUUGAAAAAAGAGCAGACUAAAGAGGCGGAAAGAAAGGUUGAUCAAUGUGACAGAGAGACGAAGGAUAAAGAGAAGAAGCUUAGUACGAUUCAGAAAUCAAUUGAGGAAAUUGAAUCAAGAGAGAAAAUAAUUGAUGCAAUGGAUUUGAAAGUGAAAGAUUUUUUCUUGCUGAAGAAAUCCAUGGAGGAGUGGUUCAAUAAACUCGAAUUGAAAGAGAAAGAAUUCGAGUCAAAAGUUGCGGAUCUUAGUUUGAUUCAAAAGAGAGUGGAUGAAUGCAUCAAUGAGGUUCAGUUGAAGGAACAACAUUUGGAUUCACUUGAAAAAUUGAUUCGAGAAGGAAAAAUGCAUUUGGAUUCACAAGAAAGGUUGUUAAAAGAAUUAUCUAAUGGUCUUGAAUUAAAAGAAACGCAACUUGAGCAGCGGCAUAAAGAACUUGAAUUGAAACAAGAAGAUAUUGAGUCGAUCCGAAAUUCUGCCCGUGCUAACAGUGUCAUUGUUUCUUCUUCCACAAGUAAUCACUUCAGCAUCGAUAAGGAUGGUGGAGGCUUGCAGUUACUCAUGAAAGAGAGUGUAAAGAGAAUUGAUUUAUUGAGUAGUGAAUUGGCAGCUUUUCUUCAAGCGUCAUCAGACCCAGCAAAAUUGGUUUUGGAUGCAAUGCAAGGGUUUUACCCUUCAAAUUCGAUUGGGGACAACGAGGGGUUUGAUUAUGAUUUGACAGUUAUUAGAAGAAGUUGUGUUCUUUUGUUACAGGAGUUGAAGAGGUUAUCACCACCGAUUAAUCGUCCGGUGAGAGAACAAGCAAUUAAGUUGGUGGAUGACUGGAAGGAAAAGAUGACAGUGGUGGUGGAAAAUAGUUUAGAGGUUUUGGGUCUUUUGUGGCUUCUUACGGCACUUGAGUUGACCUCAACUUAUGAUGCGAGGGAGCUUCAAAGUCUUCUUGCUUUAGUUUCUCACCCAGAACAUGCACCUCAACUGCGCCAGGCCCUUGGCAUCACAUACAAUGCAUCUGUAUAUAGCGCCCUGUCAGUCCCUGUCAAAAUUGAGGAACCUGAACCUUCAACAGUCAGAAAUGUAGCUACUUCUCCUUCUCCAAUUCUUCAACUAAGUGCGACUGCCACCACAGAUGCAAGGAAUUCGCAGGACUGUCUAGAUGAGCAUUUAAGUGGGAAUGACUCAGCCAAUAACGAAUUGCUUGAUGUUCUACGACUACCAGUAGACCCGGAAAAAGUAGUUUUGAAGUUGAUGCAAAAAUCUCUUGAUCAGUACUGGAGCAAUAGAAAUGUUGGUUUCAUAGCCAAUCUCAAGAAGACCUACAUUCCCAUGUUGAAUGAGCUGAUGAAAAUCUCAACAAAUGUUGCCCUCGAUGUGAAAGAAGAUGCAGUAAAGCUAGCAGCCCAGUGGCAAGCAAAAAUGAGAACCGAUGCAGAAAACUCGUGGGAGAUUUUGGGUUUUUUGCAAUUUGUGGCUGCAUAUGGAUUGCUUUCUACCUUGAGUGUAGAUGAGACUGUGAUGCUUCUUGGAAACAUAUGUCAGAAUAAACCGGUUCUACAAUUAUGUCGGAUACUUAGUUUUGCAGAUAAGAUCCCCGGUUUUAUUCGGGAUCUGAUUGAAGGGAAACAGCUGAUUAAGGCUGUUAGAUUGAUUUGCACCUUCAAGUUAACUGACAGGUUCCCGCCGGUAGUACUCUUAAAUAAAUAUGUGGAGGAUGUAAGGAAGUCUUUCCGUGCAAUAUGGCCGGGAAAGAGAACAAUUUAUGAAAAGGAUAAUGUAAUGAACAACCUAAUAGCUGAUAUGAGAGGUGUACUUCAGUGCAUAAAGGAUCACAAUCUUGAGUCCGAAUACCCGUAUAAGGACAUUGAAUUGGAAAUAGUUCAGCUGGAAAGACUAAAGGAGAAUUUGAGAUUCUUGCCGACGGGGAUUGCCUCCAGGUGUGAACAGCAAGAACAGGAAAGAAGGAAGAGAUGCAGUACUAGUUCUACUUCCCAGUUUCAACCACCAGAGAAACGUCAAAAUAGAAGUCAUCCGACAGCUCCUGCAGCAGCUGCUAGAUCCUACACAACUUUCCGUUCGCAGUUAAAUCCGUCAUCUCAGCUAUUUGGAAAUAAUGAUGGACACCCUGGGCAGUUUAGUAUGUUUGCCAACCACCAUGAAACUGGUUGCAGUUUUGUUUCCGAGCAGUUAACUUCAUCGUCUCAGCUGUAUGAAAACCAUGGACACCCUUUGCAGUUUGCUAUGGACCAUGAAAUUGGUGCUAAUUUUGGUCCCAUGCAGUUAAGGUGGUCCUCUCAGCUGGCUCAAAAUUUUGGAUUCCCUGCGCCGCUUCCUUUGGCUUCCAACGAGCAUGAGAUUGGUACUGAUUUCAGUUGUAUGCAGGAUGCCGGAUUAUAUAACUCUAAUCAGUUCUUGCCCGGCACUCAUGGUUUUGGCCGUAGAGAAACCUAGCAGGAAACCCUCCACACAUGUAAACUUUGAUGAACCACUUUCAACCCCAGUGUGCAGUUCUGAUUGUAGUUUACACCGUCCUUAUACGAUUAUAACGGCGUCCUUAUGUCGCA